AAACUAUAUCCUACCUCCAUAAACUGGUUAAUACUGACAUGGAAGAUCCACUUGUGUGCACCCUGGAAUGACAGGCAUUCCUGUGUGAAGAGAGCCGACGUGAAGACGUAUUUGUAAGAGCCACAAGUGCCCAGGCCGGGACAGGGAAAGAGAAACUCCAGCAGAUUGACCUCAUGCCAUUUCCUGGUGUUUGGCAGUGACACUGAGAGAGGAGUGCACGUCCCCUCCUUAUGUGGAUUUAUCUUUUAAGAAAAGUUCGCUUUGGUCCAGCACAGUUUGUUGUCGUGAGACACAUCAGACAAUAUAAUCAUGGGGCAAGCUGAUGUCUCCAGACCGGUAAAUCCAGAUGCAACUGCAGAAGACGCAGGCCAGCCCCCUGCCGACCCAGGCAUGGUCAUGGACAGUGUGGAAGCAGGAGGAGACUCGACGCCUCCCACCAAAAGGAAGAGCAAGUUCUCAGGCUUUGGCAAGAUCUUCAAGCCCUGGAAAUGGAGGAAAAAGAAAAGUAGUGAUAAAUUCAAAGAGACAUCAGAAGUUUUAGAGCGAAAAAUAUCUAUGCGAAAGCCGAGAGAAGAGCUGGUUAAAAGAGGGGUUCUGUUGGAAGACUCUGCACCGGAGGAUGAGGAUCCAGGGAAGCUAAACCAUGCCCUGCUGGAGAACGGCCAUACCACCCCCAUAGGGAGUGCCAGGCCUUCUAGUCCAGUCCAAGUAGACGGAGAGCCAGGAAGAAUAGCAGGUCUUCGGAAACCUGUUCCAGAAGAGGACCCAAAGAAGCGCCUAGGGUCAACUGGAAGCCAGCCUAGUUCUGAAGCAGAGUCCAUUCCUGAGAAUGCACCCAAACAGCCUUUACUUCCCCCUAAAAGACCGUUGUCCUCUUCUCAUGAAGCAAAUGAAGGGCAAGCAAAGGAUGCCUCUUCCUCUGGCAGCACAGCCAGGCCCAUCUCCUCCACCUGCAUCGCUGCCACGACCACCGCCCCUGCUGCCACUGCCGCCGCCACAAACCUACCAAAAACUGUUAUGAACUCCUCUGUCCCCCCUUCCCCAGCGCCCAGGACUCUGCCUCCUGCUCCUGCCAGCACUAACACUACUGCUCCCCCGAGCCUCCCUCAUCCGGUCCCUGCCAAGCAGCCCCCCAUCCCUCCCCCUAAACCAACAAACAGAAAUAGCAACCCUGUCAUUGCAAUAAACAGCGGUACAGUGUUACCAAAACCAUCCCCACCCUUACCACCUAAGAGGGGCAUUCCGUCAACCUCGGUACCCACCUCGGAGUCUGCCACCACCACCAUCACCACAAAAGCACCAAGUGAUCACAGAGAGAAGAGCACAUGUUCUGUGGGUUCCGAACAGCUGAUGAUGAUCCCACCUCGCUCUCCAUCCCCGCCACUGCCUACUCAUAUACCUCCGGAACCCCCACGGUCCCCUCCAGUCCCCGCUAAGACUUUUCAAGUUGUGCCAGAAAUUGAGUUUGCACCUUCCUUAGAUCUACCCCAGGAGGUUCUGCAGCAGGAGGACCAGAAAAAGGAAGUACCCAAGAGGGUGCUGGAUCACAGCUUUGGGGAGCCCCACGUGCCCUCUAGGUUGCCCCCACUCCCGCUGCAUAUCCGAAUCCAGCAAGCCCUCACCAGCCCACUGCCCGUGAUCCCUUCCUUGGAGGGCUCCCACAGGGCUCACUCGUUGCUCUUCGAGAACAGUGACAGCUUUUCUGAGGACAGCAAUACCCUGGGUCGUACCAGGUCACUUCCCAUCACUAUUGAGAUGCUGAAAGUUCCAGACGAUGAAGAAGAAGAGGAGCAAACCCACCCAUCUGCAUUCAGUGAAGACUUGCCACCUACCUCAGUCAUUCCUAAACUACCACAGUGUCUGCAGGAGGAAGAGGAAGAGAAGGAGAGUGACUCAGACUCAGAAGGUCCUGUUCAGUACCGAGAUGAAGAGGAUGAAGAUGAAAGCCAGAACAGUGCUCUGGCCAACAAAGUGAAGAGGAAAGACACACUAGCAAUGAAGUUGAACCCCAGACCAAGUGAACCAGAGUUGAACUUGAACUCUUGGCCUCGAAAAAGCAAAGAGGAGUGGAAUGAAAUACGGCACCAGAUUGGGAACACACUGAUCCGACGACUAAGUCAAAGACCAACGCCAGAAGAACUUGAACAACGAAAUAUACUACAGCCUAAAAAUGAAGCUGAUCGUCAGGCAGAAAAACGCGAGAUUAAACGGCGGCUCACGAGAAAGCUCAGUCAAAGGCCAACUGUGGCAGAGCUACUUGCCAGGAAGAUUCUGAGGUUUAAUGAGUAUGUGGAGGUAACAGAUGCUCAAGAUUACGACCGGCGAGCCGACAAACCGUGGACCAAACUGACCCCUGCCGAUAAGGCUGCCAUAAGAAAAGAACUGAAUGAAUUUAAAAGCUCAGAGAUGGAGGUUCAUGAAGAGAGCAAACAUUUUACACGCUACCAUCGUCCAUGAUGCUGGAGUUUGAGAAAGGAACUAAACAACCCUCCAACACAGGGCACUUUGCUGCUUCAGUCUCCAGAAUGACGGCGGGCACGCGAGCACUCACCAGCACAGCCGGGAUCGCGUCCUCUGGGAUGGGCUUCUGGGCUGAACAGCACUUCUGUGAAUGUAGCGUUUCACUGGAAUGGAUUCUCAAGUGCUGCCUCGAGCAAAACUGAACACUGCCAGUGUAUUGAACUUUUUAAUGUUGUAGCAGAUUUGAGGCGUCUCCCCUCACCAGCCACAAACAGUCUGGGCCACUCGCAGUUUCCAGUUUUUAUCGGCUGCACCACACCCUCACCCCAAGGUGACGGACUGCCAGCCUGUGCUGAGGCAUAGUUCACACGGUUAGCCUCACCUGCUCUGUCCUGGUUGUGAGCCCCAUUGUGGAGACACUGAAUUCCAGCCGUUGAGUCCAGUUGGUGCGGGGGGAACCAAGAGGGCCCCAACCUUCUGGCUAAGGGGCCCCCACUUCCAGGGGAAGCCUUCAGACCACACCGGCGUGUCAACGUUGCACUAUACCUCUUGUAACACAGCAAUAUAGUCCUUUUCAGGACGUCCAGCCUGAAAGAAGCUCAGGAUCUGACAAGUGCUUGCUUCCUUUUUGACACAGCUUAUCCUGAUUUUUAUGAUUUUUUAAAAGUCUUGAAGAAGUAAUGGGAACUUAUGUUCACUCUGACCUGCAACCAGAUUUCAAUUUGGAAAAAUGCAAAAGCAUCUAUGUUUUCUAUAUACAAAACCAGAAAAGCCUUUAUGUUAAUGCCAACUUGGUGUAAAACUGACCCAUGGCUUAAAUGUUAAAAGCUGUUGUACUUACAUUGUUCCAAAUGAUACUGUAAAUCAUUUUGACCAGUAGAUACAUUCCCCUCCAUAAAGCAGAGUUGUAGCAAGUCUGUGGGAGCACUUGUGUGCUGCCAGCCCCCACACUUUCAGGCAGAAUCACAGCAAGGCCCUAGGGAUGUUACAUUGGGUGCUAGGUAGGACAGGUGCUUGGAGAAACAGUUAGGAGGAGAACAGCCAUGACCCACCGCUCCUGUCUUCCUCAGCACAAAUGUUUGCCCUGUCCUGCUGCCCCUCUCUGGCAGCCUCCGCCCCGCUCGUCCCUACUCUUCCAGCCUGGCGUUGGCUCAACCCCACCCUGCUUUUUGGGAUAUUUACUAAUAUGAUUUCCUAAAACAUGAUUCAGUUGCUUUCUUUGAAUUUUUGUUGAAAGCCUCACAGCUUCCCUAUUUCCCUCUAAUUCCUGUCCACACUAAAGGGAAGAAAAAAAUAGUUUCUAUUUAACUGAUGAAUGUGGCUUUUUUUUCUUUUGUGUUCAGAAAAUUGGGGCUGUUUUAUAGAGUUCUGUAGUCCCCAUUGUUCUUUAUGUAAUUUCAGUAGAUUCUUGUUCUUCUCCUUUCAUGUCCAUUAUUAUUUGCUGAAGAAUCAAAAUGUCAUGUCAAAACAAAAAAACUCAAGCAACCUUAAAGAGCAGUGUCUUCUGUCAGUGUGGGGAAUGGGGGUAUUGGAUUUCGCAGUUACUGUCAAAUGCUCUAUGGCUGUAGAGACAGAUAUACUGGGUUCACAUCUCCUUGAAACUGACAUUUGGUAGGACUGACGGCAAGAUAAGUGGAGACCGUAGAAGUUGUUAGAGGUCUGUGUAUAAGGUGGCCUCACAUUCACUGCUAAUUUGACUUCUUUUAACCUUUCUGUCCUGUUCGUUUGGAGAGUACUCGGCCUGUGCCAGAAUCCUCUGUGGCUUACAGUGACAUUUUCAGACUCUUCCUUCACUGCCUUUCUUUCCCUUAAUGUGCCAAGCUUAAAAUGGGAUUUGAUUUCCUGAGUUACUUGUCUGUUUUCGAUGUGCCACCAAUGAAUCUAGUCAAUCUUUCAUCUCAUUCAUGUUCCUUUGGAACAAGAUACUUUGGGGGUCAAGUCUUUUCAGGUGUUAUAUAUAUAUAUAUAUAAAAUAAAGGAUUUUGUGUCCUUUCUGUGUAAGUAACAAUUCUCAAUCAUGCUGUAUAGAAUAAAUAAAAGCCUGAUGUAUUGUACUUCAAAAUGCUUCCCUCAUGUACAGAAUCUCCUUGUAAAAUAAGUGAUUGCAUUGUAUAUCAGUCUUCCUACCAACAUUAAUUAUUAAAGUAUUUUAGAAUUUUUAAAAACUAUA